AUGUGUAUAUAUUAUUAAUGAUUUAAAUUAUAGUUAAAAUUUCUCCGAGGGAAAACCUCAAAGUUACAGUUCCUUAACAAAUCACUGUGGAAGAUCUAAAUAACAUUAUAAGUAACACAAAAGAAGAAUACAAUUAUAUACAUAAGAACAGAAUUCUUUAACCAAAACUAUAGUUAAUUAAUUAAGAUGUAAAAGAAGGAGAUCUAAUAAUCUAAACAAUAAAAGAAAAGAAAAAGUAGAAAAAUAUAGAAAUUUAAUAAAUGAUAUUAGAUAAUGCUGAAGAUUACAAAAAGAAGGUUUUAGAAUUGAUUGAAUAAGGCUAUAAAAGAGAGGAUGUAGUUUAAGCUAUGAUUCAUAAUAAGUAUGAUCUAUAAUAGGUGAUGAGUCAUCUUAUUUAUGGAAAAAGAAGAACUAAUUAUGAUUAAGAUUAAGUAGAAGUAGAUGCUGAAGAUAUUAAAGAGAAAUUAAUGAAUUUAGAAGAAAUUAAGUUAUUAAUUAAAUGUAUCAAAAAUUAAGAUUGGGUGGAAGAAUUUUAUUAAUUGUAAUAAAGAAAACGAGAAAUUUUUGAUAUAUUUAUGUAAAAUACAAUGGCCUUAGUAGAAUUGAUUGCAGAAUUAUUAUCUAAUUGA